AUGAAGUUCGUUGUUCCUAUCUCACAAUGCCCAAUCAUGAUGGAAUUCGAUGGUUGCACAAUAGCUCGUACACUUCAAGACAAAUGGUCACAAAGAAUUAAACUAGUAUUAGUGACUGAUACUAAUUGUGCAGGUCGAAUACAUGAUCUAAAUGAUAUUCGCACAGAUAAUACAAACUGGCAAGAUGUUAAUGAAAUUGAUUCGAAGUCUGGUUUACCACAACUUCAUAGAGGCAGAGAUUUUCGUCGGAAAAUCGACCGUCCACCAACAAAAAUAAAACAAAACAACUUUUGGAAGAUUUAA